AUGAGCAUCAGCAUGCAGGUUAUAGGGCUCUUUCCACCGCCUCCUUCAUUCUCCGCAAAUUACCUUUCCGUCUUUAAAGAUGAAAUGAUUGCCACCAACAUGCCCAACGUGAUACCUAUGAAGACGGCGAGUGAGGGAGUUCGAUUACACAUCUCCCAUCACUCAAAACCGUAUCUACGCAUCAUUGUUGUUUGA